AUGUCCAGAUCCGGGGACAGGACCUCCACCUUCGACCCAAGCCACAGCGACAACCUGCUGCAUGGCCUCAACCUGCUGUGGAGGAAGCAGCUCUUCUGCGACGUGACCCUGACGGCCCAGGGCCAGCAGUUCCACUGCCACAAGGCCGUGCUGGCCUCCUGCUCCCAGUACUUCCGAUCCCUCUUCUCCAGCAGUGGCAGUGGCGGCCACCCCCAACCCCUGGCGCUGGGGCCUGGCGCUCAGGACGGGCUGGGCCUGGGAGGACCCCCCAAGGAGCAGCAGCAGGAGGAGCCAGGCACCCCUUCUUCCUCCCCAGAGGACAAGCUGCUGGCCAGCCCCAGAGCCAUCAACAACCUGGUGUUGCAAGGCUGCUCGUCCAUCGGGCUGCGCCUGGUGCUGGAGUACCUGUACACGGCCAACGUGACCCUGUCCCUGGACACGGUGGAGGAGGUGCUGUCGGUCAGCAAGAUCCUGCACAUCCCGCAGGUCACCAAGCUGUGCGUGCAGUUCCUCAACGACCAGAUCUCGGUGCAGAACUACAAGCAGGUGUGCAAGAUCGCCGCCCUGCACGGCCUGGAGGAGACCAAGAAGCUGGCCAACAAGUACCUGGUGGAAGACGUGCUGCUGCUCAACUUCGAGGAGAUGCGCGCCCUGCUCGACUCGCUGCCUCCCCCUGUGGAAUCGGAGCUGGCGCUCUUCCAAAUGUCCGUGCUCUGGCUGGAGCACGACCGGGAGACCCGCAUGCAAUACGCCCCGGACCUCAUGAAGCGCCUCCGCUUCGCCCUCAUUCCGGCCCCGGAGCUGGUGGAGCGGGUCCAGUCGGUGGAUUUCAUGCGCACCGACCCGGUCUGCCAGAAGCUGCUGCUGGACGCCAUGAACUACCACCUGAUGCCCUUCAGGCAGCACUGCAGGCAGAGCCUGGCCAGCAGAAUUCGCUCCAAUAAGAAAAUGCUGUUACUGGUUGGAGGAUUGCCUCCCGGACCUGACCGGCUACCCAGCAAUUUGGUUCAGUAUUAUGAUGAUGAAAAGAAGACAUGGAAAAUACUGACAAUUAUGCCAUAUAAUAGUGCCCAUCACUGUGUUGUGGAAGUAGAAAACUUCUUGUUCGUUUUGGGAGGAGAAGACCAGUGGAACCCAAAUGGGAAACACAGUACAAACUUUGUCAGUCGAUAUGAUCCCAGGUUUAACAGCUGGAUACAACUUCCACCCAUGCAAGAGAGGAGAGCCAGUUUCUAUGCAUGUCGGCUUGAUAAGAACUUGUAUGUGAUUGGUGGAAGAAAUGAAACUGGCUACUUAUCCAGUGUGGAAUGCUAUAAUUUAGAGACAAAUGAAUGGCGUUAUGUAUCUUCUUUACCGCAACCUCUGGCAGCGCAUGCAGGAGCAGUGCACAAUGGCAAGAUAUAUAUUUCGGGGGGUGUUCAUAAUGGAGAAUAUGUCCCCUGGCUGUACUGCUACGAUCCUGUAAUGGACGUCUGGGCCCGAAAACAGGACAUGAACACAAAGCGAGCUAUCCACACUUUGGCUGUAAUGAAUGAUCGACUGUAUGCAAUUGGAGGAAACCAUUUGAAAGGUUUCUCCCAUCUUGAUGUGAUGCUUGUGGAAUGCUAUGAUCCAAAAGGUGACCAGUGGAAUAUUCUUCAGACUCCUAUUUUGGAAGGUCGCAGUGGCCCUGGAUGCACAGUUCUUGAUGAUAGUAUUUACCUUGUUGGAGGCUACAGUUGGAGUAUGGGAGCCUACAAAUCUUCUACUAUUUGCUACAGUCCUGAGAAAGGAACCUGGACAGAACUAGAAGGAGAUGUAGCUGAGCCACUUGCAGGUCCUGCAUGUUCGACUGUCAUACUGCCAGCCUGUGUACCGUACAACAAAUAA